GGAAAAGUGAGGGAAGAUACUCCAGGUCCAGGGCAAGCACGUGAGAACGCUCUCCAUAUAUAUAAACUAACACUGGAGCAGGAGACUAUAAAAAUCGAAAGAUUAAAAAGGUAAAAAAGAAAAAAAAGGGGAAAUGAAAUCCGGUUUCAGGUCCAUCGUUGAACGUUUCGAAGAAGAAAGACCGAUCAACGUCACUGAGAAAGCAGCAGCUCUAAGCUCUACUGUGGAGGCGGCCAGGACGAGAGGUUGAAGCCUGAAGCUGCGAAUCACAACCAUUCAAUUUCUCUAGUCUGCGUGAAUGGGCCAGGCAUCUUCGACGGUUGCAGUCUUGAGCCGUCGCGAAUCUAACCAUAGCCACCGGUCUAAAGCCAAAUCAACGGCUCUGAUCUCCCCUAUGCAAGCUGAAGAACCAAGCGACUUUCUUAGUAACGAUGGAGAACCGGACUACAUAUCCGAUCUACCUGACGAGUGCUUGGCUUGCAUUUUCCAGUCGCUUAGCUCCGGCGAUCGCAAACGUUGCUCUUUGGUGUGCCGCCGAUGGCUGAGAAUCGAGGGUCAGAGCCGUCACCGGCUAUCUCUCAACGCCCAAUCAGGUCUCCUCCCAAUGGUACAUGCUCUCUUCUCUCGCUUCGACGCUGUGACAAAACUCGCACUCAAAUGUGACCGCAGAUCCGCAAGCAUCGGCGAUGAAGCGCUUGAAGCGAUUUCAUUUCGGUGCCGGAAUCUCACGCGCCUCAAGCUUCGUUCUUGCCGUGAUGUUACUGACGCCGGCAUGGCAGCUUUUGCAAAUAACUGUAAAGGUUUGAAGAAGCUCUCGUGUGGGUCGUGCACGUUUGGAGCCAAAGGUAUGAACGCAAUCCUUGAUAACUGCGUGGCUCUUGAAGAGUUGUCAGUAAAGCGGCUUCGCGGAAUCACCGAUGGAGCCGCCGCUGAGCCGAUUGGACCAGGUUUGGCCGCAUCUUCGCUCAAAACGAUAUGCUUAAAGGAGCUUUACAAUGGACAGUGUUUUGGUCCGCUUAUAAUUGGGUCAAAGAAUCUCAGAACCUUGAAGCUUUUCAGAUGCUCUGGUGAUUGGGACAAACUUCUUCCAGUGAUUGCGGAUCGAGUAAACUCUAUGAUCGAGAUCCAUCUCGAGAGGCUACAGGUAAGCGAUGUUGGCCUCGCGGCAAUCUCUAAUUGUUUGGAUCUGGAGAUUUUGCACCUUGUCAAAACCCCAGAGUGCACUAAUUUAGGGCUAGUUUCUGUCGCUGAGAGUUGUAAGCUCCUAAGAAAGCUUCAUAUUGAUGGAUGGAAGGCGAAUCGAAUAGGCGAUGAUGGAUUAAUAGCAGUAGCGAAGAAUUGCCCUCGUUUGCAAGAACUGGUGCUGAUUGGAGUCAAUCCUACAAAAAAUAGUCUCGAAAUGUUGGCUUCGAAUUGCCAAAAUCUAGAGCGAUUAGCACUCUGUGGUAGCGAUACCGUCGGUGAUGCAGAGAUUUCUUGUAUCGCUGCCAAAUGUAUAGCAUUGAAAAAACUUUGUGUUAAAAGUUGCCCGAUUUCAGAUCAUGGAAUGGAAGCGCUUGCUGGUGGAUGCCCUAAUUUGGUUAAAGUGAAGGUGAAGAAGUGUCGAGGGGUAACUUAUGAGGGCGCUGAUCGGUUAAAAGCGAGUAGGGAAUCGCUAGCCGUGAAUUUAGAUAGCGGCGAAGCUGAGCAUCAGGAUGCAAGUGCUAGUGAUGGUGGGGCACAGGAAAAUGGAUUUGAAUUUCCUCCAGUGCCUAGCCAAAUAUCACUGCCACCUAUUGCUUCAAGCAACACUGGGCGAUCAACGUCUUUCAAAUCGAGAUUAGGCCUAUUAAGUGGGAGAAGUUUGGUGGCUUGCACUUUGAGAAGGUGGUCAAGCGGUAAUAGUUCGCGAAGUUAAUUUAGAUUGAGGACUGAGAGAAGUUGCAGGGCAGAAAAAUGGGUUCUUGCUCUUGGUCUGUUUGCAUUAUUUUGCAUUGUAUCUGAUUCCAUAUUUUAUGUACUGAAUUUGAUAUUGGCGUGCUGUUUGUUGCCUUUUCAACCGAAUAUUCAUUUGCAAAAA